GGCUGUUUGUGGAGCUGUCUCGAGUCGAGAAGUUAGUGAGAAGUUCAUGACGGGGAGUCUCACCGUCAACACGGUUUUCGCGCCGUGAUCGAGACAGUCAAUCGCAAGUAUCUUCGACAGUUUGUGAAGUGUUUGAACAGUUCGUCCCGUCUCGAAUCAUGGCAUCCCAGAGGCGUUUCAUGGUGUUCAGCGAUGAAAACCAGGUCCCGCAGAAGGUGUCCAAUGCGAAUGCGGCCAGCAAGCGUGCCCCUCUUGCGCUUUUAUCGGCACCUAAUCGGGGAAGGAAGCUUGCCGCGACAUUGAAGCCCCUCGCCGCUGCCUCUGACAAGGAGAAUCAAGCCACGCAGGAAACCACCAACGAAAACUGUGAAGCUAAUGAGCUGCCUGCGGCUGUAGUGGAAAAGGACAAUGAGGCAGCGAAACCCAAAUCGGUGGCGGGAGACGAGAAGCCGAAAAGGAGCGAAAACGAAAAGGACGGAGCCCCGACUCAACGGGUCCCCCUCAAAGUUCUCGACGAGGUCAUGUUCUCUCCUGCUUCUGUGGGCUCGCCCAUGGUCGUGUCGCCCAUGCCCGAAAGCGUUCAACAGGAAGAUAGAGAAGAGCUCACGAUCAACGAGGAGAUGUUCGACGAUGAGUUUUUCACAGAACAAUAUGGAGACUCGCAUUUUGCUUACAUGAAAGAGUUGGAGGUUAAACUUAGAGCUCGUCCAGAAUACAUGUCCCGUCAGCGAGACAUUUCGUCAACGAUGCGUAGUGUACUCGUAGACUGGUUGGUCGAAGUCAACGAAGAGUACGGUAUGUCGGAUGAAACACUGUUUCUCGCAGUUUCCUUCAUCGACCGGUUCCUCUCCGUUAUGUCAGUGGUGCGGAGCAAAUUGCAACUCGUAGGAACCGCGGCCAUGCUUGUUGCGUCGAAGGUCGAGGAGAUCUACCCUCCAGAACUGGCUCAAUAUGUCUACGUGACGGACGACACAUAUACUGGCUCCCAAAUCAUCCGGAUGGAAGCACUUCUACUGAACACAUUAGGAUUUUCUCUCGGUGCUGCUCAUUCUUUAGCUUUUGUCCGCCGUCUAUCCGUGAGGGCGAAAGUCAGUCGCCGAGUCGCACACUUGGCUCAAUACAUUUGCGAGCUUUCGCUCAUGACAGAUUCCUCAUUGAUGUACAAACCGAGCGAGAUCGCGGCCGGGGCCUUGCUUAUCGCUCUGGAUCAGACGAACAAUAGUUCGCACAUGUGGACCGACGAGGUCGAACGAUUCGCAGAUAUAGACAAGUUGACUUUGAAAACAGUGGUCAACUUCCUGCAUAAACUGUUAGUCGCCGCACCGAAUUCCCAGCAUAAGGCCACGACAGAGAAGUACUGUCAUGUGAGGUACUCUUCGGUCGCCAUGUUUCCCACGAAAACUGACCCGCCGAGACUGAUCUGAAGCGUGAAGAUCCUAGGACACGACAGGAACCGUGUUAAUUCGGUAGAUCAGUAUUCUGUGUUAAAAAAUUAUCUCAUAGUUAUCCUAGCGCUAAAAACUGCCAAGUGGGACCUCUCCCUUGCAAUCGUAUCGGAGUUCUUCAUGAAACAAAGUUAUUCUACAUCGGAGUGCGUGUAGUCUGGAGUCAAAAACAUCGUCUUCUCUCUCUAGAGCAAAAUCGUGAUGCGCUUAAUGC